AAGCCGGCCCAGAGAGCCCAUUCUCUCCUUAGUCUUCCCACUUGUUUUUACAACGCGGAGGAACAAGUCCGAGUAGUUUUUCCAAGAUGGCAGCCCACAGUGUGGCGACGAGAAUUUUCAAGUUUGGCGAAAGUGUUUGUCGCUAUUUGCAAACAAACUGCUUAAGAAAGAGUCAUUUCUUUGUAUCAUCGUCAGCACAUAACAAACCAACAUCUGCAACAUCAGGUCUUCUUUUUUCAAGAACAGCAAUAAAGCCUUCAGUAGCUGCAAACCAGCAUAGAUGUAUCACUUCUCUGACAAGGUUUAAUGUUGUUGACAACAGUGCUCUUGGUCARAGGACAAAGCGGAACUCUAAAGCAUAUCUAAUAGGCUUCUACCGGAAAAGAAAAACAGCAGACAUUGGKGAYGUUAUCAGAGUUGCAGUUGGUGGCAAAACUAAUAAGGCUAUUGUUGUAGGAACUCGCAAAACAAAACAUCAUAGUAUUCCAAGAUAUGAUAACAAUAACAUAGUAUUAGUGGAUGAUAACCUUGCACCACUGGGAACAAGAAUCAAAGGACCAAUACCAUCAAUUAUWAGAAGAAGACAAGCAAAAUACUCAAAGGUUUUGGCAAUAGCAUCUCGCUUUAUAUGAUUCUACAUGUUUUUUGAGGUUUUUGUUAAAAUUAGACCAUCUGUGAUAAUAAAGAAGGCAAUUUUAUUUAUUCUUUUGGUAAUUGAAUUGCAUCUUCUUCUGUGCUAUUCUYUUUUCCCUGUAACAAAGAUAAGUUAACUUGGUAACUUAUCAAGUGUAGCACAAAGUAAYUCAGAGUAUCACAGGUGAGCUGACUGUCACAGGCUAACAAAGGGUCAGGGUAACUCCAGAUUUGUUCAGGAUCUUCCACUGGAUACUCUAAACCCUGACCCUGUUAAAGACAGCWAAAUCAUGGCAUUCCAUACCCUAUUCAUUCCAUACCCUAUUCAAGACAAAUUGGUAAAAUGUAGACCAUAUUCAAAACAUAAACCAUCCAAUAUAGUGUUCGCAUAAUCAUUUUUUUCAGUCCUAAUGAUGGCUGUAGAACAGUGAAAGCUCGACUUCACAUAAAGUUAAGUAUUUACCAUCUAGCAGCAGUUUCUGGCUGCCCUUGAUUUAUUAUUACUCUCCUACUAACAUGCUGCUGAAGGAUAACUUCUCAAGAUGGUAAAUAUAGGGGAACACCCAUCUUGGGGUAACUCUAGAAAYGUUCCAUGAAAUCUUGAUGAUUUAGACAUUUAGGCUAUUACAAACUGUUGAAUGAAAAAUAAAAUUUAUGAUAGUUCAAUAAAGGAUUUAGCUUAUAGGUUGUAA